AAGAACGGCAAGUUUUCCUCCCGGUUAUGGACUCGUGAGAGUCCGUUCCGUAGUGUUGUGUGUGCCUGCGUCCCAAGGAUCUUUUCGUACUGUGAGUGCUGCCUGCUACGCUUUUAAGGAAGGCCCAGUGCGUCAUCAUGGCACGGGGAACGAGCGCCGGGUUUGACCGUCACAUCACAAUCUUCUCUCCCGAAGGAAGGCUGUACCAAGUAGAGUAUGCAUUCAAGGCCAUCAAUCAGGGAGCUCUUACAUCUAUCGGAGUCAAGGGCGUUGACACAGCUGUGGUGGUCACACAGAAGAAAGUGCCGGACAAGCUGCUGGAGCCAACCAGCGUGACUCACCUGUACCAGCUGACUGAGGGAAUUGGUUGCGUCAUGACAGGAGUGGUGGCUGAUGGCCAGUCCCAGGUGCAGCGCGCCCGUUAUGAGGCAGCCAACUGGAAACACAAGUACGGCUACCCGAUCCCGGUCGAGAUGCUAUGCCGUCGCGUGGCUGACAUCUCGCAGGUGUACACGCAGAAUGCCGAGAUGAGACCCCUUGGUUGCAGUAUGAUGUUGGUGGCCUACGAUCCUGAGCACGGGCCACAGCUCUACAAGGCGGACCCAGCAGGAUACUACUGCGGCUACCGGGCCACCAGUGUUGGUGUCAAGCAGACAGAAGCCAACAGCUACCUCGAGAAGAAGUUUAAGAAGCGCCAGGACUACAACUCCAACGAGACCAUACAGCUGGCCCUGAGUGCCCUGUCAAGUGUUCUAUCAGCCGACCUGAAGCCGUCCGAGGUGGAGGUGGGCGUGGUGUCCAAGGAGCAGCCAAACUUCCACGUGCUCACCGAGCAAGAGGUGGAUGCACACUUGGUAGCCAUUGCCGAGAGGGAGUGAUGAGUUCAAUAAAAAUGUCCAAUUCAUUAUGUUA